UCAUAAAAUUUGUGGUUAAAGGUUAAACUUAACUUGGUUGGUCAAUUGUUAGUGCUCUUUUUCUUCAUUUAUUGUUCAUAAAAUCAGGUUUCCUUAAAAUUUAAAGUUUGUUUUAAUCCGUAAUUUGUCGAACUUCGAUAAAUAUAAUCGGAUAAAAGAACUAAUUAAGGUAGUUCUUUCAGUUGUCAAACUUCAGAUGAGACAACUGAUUGUACCUGCUAGUGCUAUUAUUUGCACAAGUGAAUUCUGCUAAAAGUGGUGAUGAAAUUUAAGAGUUAAUCUCUUAAAAUAAAGCAAUAAUCGAAAGUUAAAAGAUGAGUGUUUUAUUUUCAUCAGGCAAUUAAUGACUAUUAUUUCAAAGACAUGUCUUCCAAAAGUGAACUUAAGAAGUUAUCAGAAGAAAGUUUAACAAGACAACCUGAAGAAGUGUUCGACAUAAUUUGUAAAUUAGGAGAAGGGUCAUAUGGAAGUGUAUAUAAAGCUCUUCACAAAGAAUCUGGCCAAGUAUUGGCCAUUAAACAAGUACCUGUUGACACAGAUCUUCAAGAAAUAAUAAAAGAAAUCUCGAUUAUGCAGCAAUGUGACAGUCCGUAUGUUGUUAAAUAUUAUGGAAGUUAUUUUAAAAAUACAGAUCUAUGGAUUGUUAUGGAAUAUUGUGGUGCAGGUUCUGUUUCUGAUAUUAUGCGCUUAAGAAAAAAGACGUUGACUGAAGAUGAAAUUGCUACAAUUUUGUCAGAUACAUUGAAGGGAUUAGAAUAUUUACAUUUGAGAAGAAAGAUUCAUAGAGAUAUCAAAGCAGGAAAUAUAUUAUUAAAUUCUGAGGGACAUGCCAAGUUGGCUGACUUCGGUGUUGCAGGACAGUUAACUGAUACUAUGGCGAAAAGGAAUACAGUGAUAGGAACACCAUUUUGGAUGGCUCCAGAGGUUAUUCAAGAGAUAGGCUAUGAUUGUGUAGCUGAUAUUUGGAGCUUGGGCAUAACUGCUUUAGAAAUGGCAGAAGGUAAACCACCAUAUGGAGAUAUUCAUCCUAUGAGAGCAAUAUUUAUGAUUCCUACAAAACCUCCACCUUCCUUUAGAGAACCAGAUCAAUGGAGUUCAGAGUUUAUAGACUUUGUUAGUGUAUGUCUUGUAAAGAAUCCUGAAGAACGUGCCACAGCUUCUGAUUUACUUCAGCAUGUAUUUAUAGGUAAUGCUAAGCCCUCAAGUAUUCUUCAACAAAUGAUAGCGGAAGCACAUGAUAUUAGAGAGAAUCAGAGUUAUAGAAAUAUAGUACACACAAAUUGUGCAGGUGCCAAUAAGAAUGCUCAAGAAGAGUCUGAUGAUGAUGUAGCAGUAAACAACCAAACAAUGGUACAAUGUGAAGAUGAAGGCACCUUGGUACCAGGUAGAGGAGGAACCUUAGCACCAAUGUCUCAAAGUGGAACACUGGUAGAACUGCAAUCAGAAUUAGGAACAAUGGUAAUCAAUAGUGAUGUAGAUGAACAAACUAUGAAAAGACAUGAUACAGGAUCCACAGAGGGUGGGAAAAAAUACAGGCCUCUGUUUUUAGAUCAUUUUGAUAAAAAGGAAGCAGAAAUUAAGCAGGGAAAUGGACUGGCAACACCAACUACACUUGAUGGUCCAGAUAUCCAUCCUGAAGACCAACAUCGCUUUCAGAGUCAUUUUCAUUUGCAAAUGAAUCCAAUUCAAGCACCCCCUAUUGAACAACCUGAUGUCAAACCUAAUAUUCAAAGGCCUUUCCCUGAUGGAGAUUUCGAAUUUCUGAAGUUUUUAAGCUAUGAAGAAUUACAACAAAGAAUGGCAACAUUAGAUGCCGAAAUGGAGAGAGAAAUAGACGAACUGAGGAGAAGAUAUCAAACAAAAAGACAACCAAUCUUAGAUGCCAUGGACACAAAACGUAAACGACAACAAAAUUUUUAA